AUGCCGGCGUACGCUGGUUUCGAUAGCUUUGCCUCAUCGCGCCGGACGGCGGAAUCGAUCUACUACUCCGCCAAGGAGUACGACUCGGCCGAGGAGUCCGAUUACGCUCGGCGUGCGAUCUUCGAGGACGGUCCGAACACCAUCUUCAACAGGCGCUACGUCGAUCCGUGGGACAUGGAGAACUACGUCUACAUUCGCAAGCAAGUGUUGGAUCCAACGUCCGAGUCCGAGGUACCCCCGUCGCCCGCCGGUGAACCGAUACAGACCAAGUUCUACUACGUGCCCGGCGAGCUGAACGAGCUGGAUUGUCGCGAGUGCUCCAGCGCCGAGCUGAUCGAUCCGGACUUCGAUCCGGACGCGCAGGAACUGAUCGAUCAUCAAUCGCCCCACGGCCAUCAGGACGAGCAGCAGCUCGAGAUGCUGGCAGCGGAGGACCACGACCUGCUCGAGGGGUCCCAACAGCUCGACGAAAGACCGAGCGACAUGGGCGAAGAGGACGACGAGGGAGACGAGGAGCAGGACGAGGAGGAUGGAUUCUACACCGAACGCUACGAUACCGUUAUGGACGAGGAUAGCAUCGGCGGAGACGAACAUGUCUACAGCUCAUACACAGAUCUGGAAACGUCGUCCACGGAACAGCCAAGUUCGUGUGACAGUUCGAUGUCGGCCCUGCGACUCCACACUCCCGGCUUCGGUAAGAGCGCUUCUAGCAGACGCCCGAUCGUCCUUCCGAAGCCGCUGCCCCAGCUGGAGUUUCCCGGACCACCAUCGUACGAGUACUACGAACCGAGCUGCUGCUACAUGCCACUGCCACCGCCGCCUCCGCCUCCACCACCGCCGGCACAUCAUGGCCACUAUCAUCACGCGCUGCCGUUGGUGCCGCCAUCGAUGAGCAUGGGCCCACCGUCGGUGGCCGGGACGAUCCUGUCCGAUCAGCACAACUACUACACGCUGAACGACUGCCUCGAGUGUGCCCGGCAGGAGGCGGAACACGUGCCACUGUACGCAACCACCAGCAGCACGAGCCCCACGAGGCGGCGGUCCCGCAGUGUCAGCGUCGUGAGCCAGAGUAUGAGCCUCGCUAGGCGCCCGAGCCAGAUGCUGGAUCCGGCCACCGCCAUCGCGAUCGCAGCGACCAAUGCUAACGUAUGUUACACGCCGCAACAUUUCAGCUUAAGCAAGAAGGGUCUGCUGCAGAUCGACUACUCCUGCAACUGGAACAACCUCGAUCGAUACAUCGCCAAAUGA